AGUUGCAAUUUUUCUAUGUGAUCAGCCAUUGUGAUCCGGCAUAAAAUCGGCGUUCUUUUUUAGUUUUUUAUUGUUUUUACCAUUGUUGUUCCUAUUUUAAUUCACCGAAAGAUCAUUAACGUCUUGUUUUCCGUAAAUUUCGUGUCCCAAAUCACUUAAAACUUGAAAUUCGCACAGAAAAAUGGGUCUCCGUGAGAUUAUCUCCAUCAACAUCGGGCAGUGUGGCGUCCAGAUGGGUCUCAGCUGCUGGGAAUUGUACUGCCUCGAGCACUGCAUCAACCAAGACGGCACGCUGAAGGACGAAACGAAAGUCGACGAGUACAUGCAAACCUUCUUCAACGAUACGCUCCAGCAAAAACUCGUUCCGCGCAGCAUUUUUGUCGAUUUGGAGCCAUCCGUCAUCGAAGACAUCAAAAUGGGCCCGUUUCGUCAUCUCUUCAAUCCGGAUCAGAUGCUUGUCGGCAAGGAGGACGCAGCGAAUAAUUACGCGCGCGGGCAUUACACAAUCGGCAAGGAGCUUCUGGAUCCCGUCGUUAAUCGCAUUCGGAAGAUGGCCGAGCAAUGCAACAGUUUGCAAGGAAUUUUGGUGUUUCACAGUUGCGGCGGCGGCAGCGGAUCGGGCUUCGGUACGUUGUUGCUUGACACUUUGAGCCCCGAAUACGAGAAACAGAGCAAGUUACAGUUUUCGGUGUAUCCGUCGCCAACUAUCAGUACAGCUGUGGUCGAGCCAUAUAAUGCAGUUUUUUCGACGCACGGAAGUUUAUCGACUUCGGAAUGUGCUUUUACGAUCGACAAUGAGGCUGUUUAUGAGAUUUGUGCCAAAAAUCUCGGAAUCGAUCGUCCGAAUUACACAAAUCUCAAUCGGGUGAUCGCUCAAACGGUCUCCAGUACAACGACAAGUCUCAGAUUCGAAGGUGUAAUGAACGUCGAUCUCAAUGAAUUCCAAACAAAUCUCGUUCCAUUUCCGCGAGUUCACUUCCCCGGAAUUUCCUACGCUCCCCUUUUGUCCCAAGAAAAGGCCAAACACGAGUUCUACGGCAUCAAGGAUCUCACAAGUAUGUGCUUCGAUGCUUCCAAUAUGCUCCUGAAAUGCAAUCCAAAGCAAGGCAAGUACAUGGCAUGUGCGCUCUUGUAUCGCGGCGACGUCGUUCCGAAAGAUGUCAACUUGGCAAUUACCGCAAUCAAGGAAAAACGUUCCGUGUCGUUCGUUUCGUGGUGCCCGACAGGCUUCAAAGUGGGAAUUAAUUAUCAACCGCCGACUGUGGUGCCGGAUGGCGAGUUGGCAUCCUCCAAAAGAGCUGCGUGCAUGCUUUCCAACAACACAUCCAUCGUUGAAAUUUGGGCUCGCAUGAACCGAAAAUUCGAUAUGAUGUUCCAAAAGAGGGCCUUUGUGCAUUGGUACGUUGGCGAAGGCAUGGAAGAGGGCGAGUUUGCUGAGGCACGCGAAGAUCUGGCAAUGCUGGAAAAGGAUUACGAGGAAAUCGAGGGAGAUGCCGAGGAAUAUGAUUAUGAUGGCGAUGAAGAUGGUGUCGAGUACUGAGGUAUUUUGUUUUAAGUCGAACGUUGUGAAUUUUUUUAGAAUUUUUUAUUAUUCAUUUCCGGUUAAAUGAGUGAUCUCAGUAGAUUUUUAAAUUAAGUUUUUAUUAUUUUUUGUAAUUUAUUCGGCAAAUAAAUGCAUUCUAGAAUAUUGUUAAACAUUUGAAA